AUGAGUGAAACCAGCGGUGACUCACGGGAUGCAAUCCAUUUCAUAACGAAUCUAAUCAACAACACCGUGAGCAGCGCAAAGCAGCUGCUCGAUGCCCUCGAAAGAGAAGGAAAACAAAAGGCACCAGCCGGAAACAAAGUCAUUAUGCAAAGCGAAGCGCCUCCAGGUCCCUCUGCGAACACUGGGCAAAGUCAUCUUAGAGAUUGUUACCCACUGCUUGGAGCACGUAUAAGUUGCGAGAUGUAUCGAUCUUUGGACAAGAAGAGGAUCCUGAUCACGCAAUUAUACGAAGCAGAACAAGAAAUUAACGACGAUGUAGCGAAGCAGCUUGAACAGUGUGCACAAACGUCAUCGAAAAGAUGUGUCAUAGGUGGCACCGACUUUGUUCGAGUGUAA